CCACUUUUGAGCAGUUCAGGCGUCAGUCCUCGUGUCCAGUGUAUGGCGCGCUCUGCUGGUGCUAUCAGGCGCAUGCGCAGCAGCAGCUGGACACGUUUAGCUUCCGGUGACUGUCAGAUGCCUGAGCUUCAGGCGCAUAAGUGUUGGGAAUGCAGCCGCCUCUCCCGACAGCUGCGGUCAGAGAGCUGGUUUGCUCCUGUCUGCAUCGAGACCCUGUAGCAGCGGAUCUGCGCUGCAGCCUCUUCGUAGCCGCCGUCCAGAGCUACAAACGCGAUUCAGCCCUCAGACCCUUUCCUCCUCGCUACCUUACAGGAGAGGUCAAGGACUUUGAGGAGCUGCAAAAGGAUGUGGAUACUUUGCCUAACGUGAGAGAUCUGGUGCGUCUGGGACAUGGUGAUGGAGAUCGUCAUCUGGCUCUUGUGCACUGGGUUCUCUCCUCCAAGAGUUUUGCUGUAAAGGCCCUGCAGAAAGAGGAGUUUGCCAGACUCAGCCAGCUGACUCAAAGCGAAGGCAUUUCGGCUCCGGCUCCAGCUCCGGCUCCAGACUUCGUCUUUGAACUGCAGUACUGUGAUGUGCUCAACACCAAGUUCGAGCGGACGCGGGCUGGACGAGAGCUCAUCUAUGCAUUCCACGGCAGCAGACUGGAGAACUUCCACUCCAUCAUACACAACGGCUUACACUGCCAUCUCAAUAAGACCUCACUGUUUGGGGAGGGCACAUACCUGACCAGCGACCUCAGCAUGGCCAUCCUUUACAGUCCCCACGGUAACGGAUGGAGGGAAAGCGUUCUUGGGCCUUUGAUCAGCUGUGUUGCCUUGUGUGAAAUCAUCGAUCAUCCUGACGUGAAGUGUCAGGUGAAGAAGAAAGACUCUGAGAGCAUUGACCGUAAGCGUCUGAGGGCCAGGAACAGUGAAGGUGGUGAGGUGCCCGAGAAAUACUUUGUGGUGACCAACAACGAGCUUCUGAGAGUGAAGUACCUGCUGGUGUAUUCUCAGAGACGCUACCGAUCACGACACGCUCAAGGGACAUCGUGGCUCGUCAGACAUCAUUUUGCCAUCAUGAUGGGCCUGUAUCUCCUGCUCCUCAUAUUCAUCGGUGCCUUCAACUCGUCUGCUUUUCAGUCGUUCUGGCACAGAAUGUUCCGGUGACCCUGACCGCACACAUCACAUAAACGCUCACGUCUAAAGUGCCUUUUACUCACAAAGACUAUCAUGAAAGAGGGAAAAAAUAUACUCAGGAACGAUUUUCUUCGGGCUCAACAUGACAUUCCUUGAUUUUUACACGCUAUUUUAUUUACAUUACUUAGAUUUGCAUAAACACUGUGCAUCUGUCAGAGGUAGAGCAUUUUGCUCGUGCAGAUGCUGCCGAGCACCAAGAAUGUUACAUGCUAGCAUGUAGCCUGUUUUUACUUUUUGAAUGAUGGGAUCACUACAUUAGCUACCAAAUGGUAAAGACAAAGCACUGUCCUAACCUGCCUUUUCAACCUAGACAUUGGCAAAAUUGCUGCUUAUAUUAAAAAUAAUCAUGUAGGGAGAUCAGUGUGCUUUUAUAGUGGAUAUUUUUCAGUUUUGGGGCAAAUAUAGAAGUUCACAUGUUCUUAGACUACCGUACUGUGUCUAGAUCAAGUCAACUAUGCAGAAGCCCAUGCUAUGGUGGUCAGUAUCUUUAAAACUGUAAUGAAAAUUAGUCUUGAUAUCGCAUAAAUGUCUUUUAUUUGAAUAAUCCAGAGGAUCUGAAUUGUGAAAUUAUUUAAAUAAAUAAAUGCAGCAA